AGUGAUAGGCCGAACCGGAGACUGAACAAGCAUCAUAGCUGGCUGCUCAAAGUAUAAAGUAUAGGCCUAUACCUCAUCAGCGUUUAGCAGGUGAAUAUCUACACUGACAAUGAAGAAAGAGAGAGAGGGAAAGAUGCCCUUGUGGGUCACCUGGAUUCUGCUCCCACUCAUAGUACGAGCUCAGAGUGGGGAUGCGGAGGAAACGCAGAAAGAAGAUAUUAAAUUAUUCUGCACAUCCCACAUCGGUGUUGGAGAGAACAGCAUUUUAACAUGCAACCUGGUGGAUAGAAAGCGAUAUAUUGAAGAUGAUGAAGAUGAAGAGGACAGCAUAAAGAGCAUCACUGUUUGCAAAUCUUUUCCUCCAAGCUGUUCUAAGAAGAUGGGGAACAACAUGACAAUAACCUGGAUCCCGCUAACAUACAAUUAUACCUUCGAGCUGAGGAGUGGCGGUGUCUUCAGCAGAGUGAUAGACCUUCGGCAAAUAAUCAAACCAAAAAGUCCUUCUGUGACGAGUGCCGUUUUUCAACCUGAGAGCAACCAAGCUAUGAUCUACAUUAAGACUCCUUAUGACAAGGAUUUCCUCAAAACCAGUAAUCAACUCUUUCAAUACUACAUUUGGAGUGCAGCGGGCAGCGAAUUGACAAGGAACGUGACGGGGGAAGAGUCCCUGGUCAUCGCAGCGGAGCACCUCACCGAAGGAACUAUGUAUCAAGUCAAGGUCCGAGCCAUCCCAUUCGACCUGUAUGGGGGCAGUUGGAGUGACUGGAGCAACACUGUUGAAUUUUACAUCAACUCUAAGAUGGGAGAGGGGAGUGCCGAAUUUCUGCAUCAGAUGAUCACUGUGGGGAUUGUUUCCGGGAUUUUGGUCAUCGCCAUCUUCUGUGCGAUUUGUGUCACGAGAAAAAACAUCCACCAUAAGAUACGCGCGUACACCAGUUACACGCACGUACCAAGAAUUCCAUCAACCCUGUCGCCGAUUUACAAGCAGGUCAAACUGGGCUUCGCGAUGAACUUAGAACCCGAACAGUUCAGUCAAAUGAACGUUCAGCCGAUGAAGAAGACGGAGGAGAGACCCGGCGAAUCGCAGGCCGCGACCGCCGAGCCCACCGCCCAGCGGGAGGACAGCGGCUUCGGGUUGGACCAGGAGCUCUCCACGUCGGGGAUGCGAUGGAGGUCUGCCAGCGACACCAGCGGCUUCACCGGGGAGUCUGCCUCCACUGCCCUCAGCGAGAGCUCUGAGGAGGAAACCUACUCCCGGCCAAACAACAGAAGUCCCUCCCCUUCGAUGGGCAUGCACGCCGCUGAAGGAAGACGGGACGCCUCGGAGUCUUCUGGUGACGGCCAGAGAGAUGCCAGCCCCGAGGUGAACGGACCCACCCAGCCCUGUAGGGACGCGGUCUAUGUCACCAUGUCCAGCUUCUAUUAUCACAAUGACCAGUGAAGUCAAUCAGACUCUGUAGUAACUGAGUAGAGCCAUCGGCGCAAUUACUCCAUUUUCCACUCCGACACCCCCUGACCAAAACAUAAACCAUUGACAUUAUAGGUAAAUGUGUGAGCAUGAGAGGGAGAAUUGUGUUUUUUUGGUUCAUUUUGAAAGAUAUAUAUUUUUUAAGAGAGUAAGUGAUUUGAUUGCAGUUUUGAGCACUUCAGACAACAACGUGGUAAACACCCACAAGCAGCCAAUAGAGAGUUUGGGGCCAUGCCAGCAUAAUGCAUUGUCAAAUGUGACUCAUCAGGUCGUGUCGGGCUGGUUCGUCCCGAGGCUAGAAGGUUUUAAUUAUUAAGUUGUGACUUGGUUGUAAAUAAUACGUCUGAGAAUGUUUUUCUUUGUACUCCACUGUUCCAUGGGUCAUACGCCCCAGAGAGAUGUUGCUCAAAAUGCUGCUGCCUGUAAUCAAUACAUUUUGUGUUUAAAGUAAGAACUAUAUAUAUAGUAUAGCCUGCCUAUUGUAUUCUAUUGAUAGGGUAUUGCUGCUUUUACAAAAUACAUCUGUAGAUAUUAAGAUAUGUACAGCUUCAGAUAAUUUUAAUGAUAUGAUUGUAUUUUUUUCUUUUACAAUAAACCAUCAAAUACA